AUGUCUACCAGUAAUACUACUACGGUCGAGGAUGUUGAAAGAUUUGACACUGAUGAACUUAUCCAUUUUUUACAAACAAAGAACUUUGGUCUUAAGAAGAAAGAAUAUAAAAUUUUUCGUAGAGAAAGGGUUAAUGGUCGUCAAUUUCUUCAUCUGACCAGAGAAAAACUUCUUGCCGAUCCUUAUAAAUUUCCUGGAGGACCGACUGAAGAUCUUGCGAAUCUUAUCAUUGAGUUAAAUAAGCAAAGUAGGUUCAAUCAUAAAAAUAGUUUAAUCUUAUUAUCUUUUAAAGCAUUUAUUUUUGUAGUAACUAAGGCUAUUUUUUAG